AGUCAACAGUCAGCAGUCAGCAGUCAACAGUCAACAGUCGGCAGUCAGAAGGCCGAAGACCCAACCGCAAACCGGUUUCAAGCCACCUGCUUCAUGCACAGACUGCUAAAGUUCACCGACUUCAGUUUUCCUUUUCUUGUCUUUUCUUGCUUCAAUGGCUGUUACUACUGAGAAUCAAACAGACGUGGAGAAGCCGAAUGGGGAUGAAGACCGGUCUCCAGUGGAGGAGGUGGCGUUGGUGGUGCCAGAAACCGACGACCCGUCCCUACCCGUCAUGACUUUCCGAGUGUGGUUUCUGGGUCUGACCUCUUGCACCCUCUUAAUCGUCCUCAACACUUUCUUCACCUACCGUACUCAGCCCCUCACCAUCUCUGCAAUCCUAAUGCAAAUCGCCGUCUUGCCCAUUGGCAAGUUCAUGGCGAGUACUCUGCCCAACACGGAGUGCAGUCUUCUGGGUUGGCGAUUCAGCUUGAAUCCUGGCCCCUUCAACAUGAAGGAGCAUGUAAUCGUCACCAUUUUUGCUAAUUGUGGGGUUGCCAUCGGCGGUGGUGAUGCCUAUUCCAUGGGAGCCAUCACCGUUAUGAAGGCUUAUUAUAAGCAGAGCUUGAAUUUCAUUUGUGCUCUGUUUAUAGUCUUGACUACUCAGGUAUUGGGGUAUGGAUGGGCUGGAAUGCUUAGGAGGUACUUGGUUGAUCCUGCUGAGAUGUGGUGGCCUGCAAACCUUGCUCAGGUUUCUCUAUUCAGGGCACUUCAUGAAAAGGAACAGAAAAAGAAAGGCCUGACUCGAAUGCAAUUUUUUCUAAUUGCAUUUGCAGCAAGUUUUGUUUAUUAUGCUUUCCCUGGUUAUCUCUUCCCAAUCUUAACAUUCUUCUCAUGGGUGUGCUGGGCAUGGCCACGGAGCAUCACAGCCCAGCAAAUUGGUUCAGGUUACCAUGGACUUGGUGUUGGUGCAUUCACCCUUGAUUGGGCAGGCAUAUCUGCUUAUCAUGGCAGUCCACUGGUUACACCUUGGUCCUCAAUUCUCAAUGUUGGAAUAGGCUUUGUCAUGUUCAUCUACAUAAUUGUUCCUCUGUGUUACUGGAAGUUUAACACUUUUGAUGCUAGAAAAUUUCCAAUAUUCUCAAAUCAGCUGUUUACUACCCAUGGCCAAAAAUAUGAUACAACCAAGAUCUUGACACCACAUUAUGAUCUAGAUGUUGCUGCUUAUAACAGUUAUGGAAAGCUCUAUCUUAGCCCUCUUUUUGCCCUGUCAAUUGGGUCAGGAUUCGCAAGAUUUACUGCAACCCUCACUCAUGUGGCACUCUUUCAUGGCAGAGAUAUUCUGAAGCAGAGCAGAUCAGCAAUGAAGAAUGUGAAGCUGGAUAUCCAUGCAAAAUUGAUGAAAAGUUACAAACAAGUGCCUGAAUGGUGGUUUUUGAUUUUACUCAUUGGAAGCAUUGUUCUAUCUCUCCUUAUGUCUUUUAUAUGGAAAGAGGAUGUGCAGCUGCCAUGGUGGGAGGAUGUGCAGCUGCCAUGGUGGGGUAUGAUCUUUGCCUUUGGAUUGGCUUGGGUGGUUACCCUCCCUAUUGGGGUCAUUCAAGCUACCACCAACCAGCAACCUGGAUAUGACAUAAUAGCACAGUUCAUAAUUGGAUAUUUCUUACCAGGAAAACCAAUUGCUAACUUACUUUUUAAGAUCUAUGGGAGAAUUAGUACCAUUCAUGCUCUUUCUUUCCUCUCUGACCUUAAACUUGGGCACUAUAUGAAAAUUCCACCACGUUGUAUGUACGCUGCUCAGCUGGUAGGGACUCUAGUUGCUGGCACAAUUAACCUUGCAGUUGCAUGGUGGAUGUUAGACAGCAUUCAGGACAUCUGUGAUGUUGAAGCACUCCAUCCUGACAGCCCCUGGACUUGCCCUAAAUACAGGGUAACCUUUGAUGCUUCUGUUAUAUGGGGCCUUAUUGGACCAACGCGACUAUUUGGACCAGGAGGGUUGUACCGCAACGUACUUUGGUUAUUCCUUGUUGGAGCUGUCUUACCCGUACCUGUUUGGGUGCUAAGCAAGAUUUUCCCAGACAAGAAAUGGAUUCCCCUGAUUAACAUACCGGUUAUACCUUAUGGUUUUGCCGGAAUGCCACCUGCAACUCCCACAAACAUAGCAAGCUGGCUCAUCACUGGAACCAUCUUCAACUACUUUGUGUUCAAGUACCACAAGCGCUGGUGGCAGAAAUAUAACUACGUUCUGUCUGCUGCCCUGGAUGCCGGCACUGCUUUCAUGGGUGUUUUGCUGUUCUUUGCCUUGCAAAAUGAGGGACACGAUCUGAAGUGGUGGGGUACCGAUCUAGACCAUUGUCCUCUGGCGCAGUGUCCAACAGCACCGGGCAUCACAAUUAAAGGAUGCCCCGUUUUCAAAUAACUGUUUAUCCUUGUAGCAAUGGGGUAAUUAUGAAUAUGCCUUGGCCACAUGGCCAUUCUAUUUGCAUUUCUGUACAUGCUUGUUUCUGCAAAAUUAAACAGCUGAGAUUCCCUUCUAUAGAGGCCAUACAAAUAAUGUAUCAAUAGCGAGAAUGGAAUGUCAUUAAAUAUUUGCUUUACGUGAAGAUUCAAUCUUGGAAGUCUCCAUAUGACUCCUGAGCUAAUUUGUGCAUGAUCAGAUCGUCUUUCUUCAGAAUCAUAUCACUAACUACAUUAAAGACAGGAGACUACAAGGUCCAGACCAGCCGUUGCCUAAUACUACCUCUGCAAGGAUUUGUAGAGCACCACUGUCACGUACUUGGAUUUAAAUCGGUGGGUUGAACCAAGUGCCACCACGGAUGGGCCACUCCUCCCCUUUUGGAUGUAAAGAUGAUUCAGGAUCACAUGUUUAGGCCUUGAUGGAGGCAAGAUCUCCAUGUUUGAUGCCGGCAGAUUGAGCAGUGUCGUUUGGAGGUGUGGAGGAACCAAAGGUGGCUCCUUUGCAAAAUCCUCUGCUCCAAGUACCAAGUUGUUGUAGCUUGACUCUGGAGAAUGAGGAGGCUCAAAACUAGUUAUGCUUCCAAGAUCUUCUGG